UACAAUUGUCGUUCGCACUUCCGCAGGCUACGAGUGCCCCGCUAUUUGCUUUGAAAAUCUGCCCCACCUCUCUCCAUUGUUUUAGCAAGCAGUGACAGAAAAGCUUCGGCGUAGAGCUCCGGAAUGUCAAUGAAAACAAACAGCAGACCCAACCAUAGAACGAGACCGCUCAAGAGUAUCUGCCAUUCCAUCAAUUCAAGAACAGAGCCUAGUAAUCUUAGGAUACUGUGACUGUCCGAGUUGCAGUGAUUAACGAGGUUCAAACCCAAUAUCACGUGAUCCCCGCAAUUUGAGCCCACACAAAUCCAGCAAAGAAACGACUGCCUGGUCAGGGCUUCACCAACACCCGAAUUCUGCAAGAGGCGAAAAAAAUCUCUGGACAGCGCCAGCCAAGUCGCCAGCAACCCUUUGCGCUGUUCUUCAGAAUACCUUAAAUCUCCUCGAGACCUGCUGCCGCGCAGAGGAGAUUGCCCAUCAUGCCUCCUCCUCCGCAUCAAAAACCCGAAAAUGUCUUGAAACGGGCUCAUGAGCUCAUCGGGGUCAAUCAGGCCCCCGCGGCCUUGACCCUGCUGCAUGAGCAUGUCACGUCGAAGCGAUCGCGCAAUGUCCCCAUCACGUCGCUGGAGCCUGUCAUGGUUCUGCUGGUUGAACUAGCAGUCGAGCAAAAGAAGGGGAAACUCGCCAAGGACGCCUUGUACCAAUACAAGAACAUCGCUCAGAACACCAAUGUUGGGACAAUAGAGCUUGUCCUCAAGAAAUUCAUUGAGUUGGCCGCCGAGAAGGUCACGGCCGCUCAGCAAAAGGCCGAUGAAGUCCAGUCCACCAUCGAAGCCACAACGGCAACGUCUAGCGUUGAGGACCUCGAGGCCAGCGAAACCCCGGAGUCUAUCCUCCUGGCCACCGUAUCCGGCGAGCAGUCUCGGGACCGUACCGACCGCGCGAUCGUCACUCCCUGGCUCAAGUUUCUUUGGGAGGCUUAUCGGACCGUUCUCGAUAUUCUUCGCAACAAUGCUCGACUUGAGUUACUUUAUCAGAGCACGGCCAUGCAGGCCUUCGACUUCUGCCUCAAGUAUACUCGCAAGACCGAGUUUCGCCGCCUCUGCGAGCUGCUUCGCAACCACGUUCAGACCGCUGCCAAGUACUCUGCUCAGAUGCAUGCGAUCAACCUGAGCGACCCCGACACGUUGCAGCGUCAUCUGGAGACGCGGUUUCAGCAGCUGAAUGUCGCCGUUGAGCUGGAGCUCUGGCAGGAGGCUUUCCGCAGCGUCGAGGACAUCCACACCCUCCUGAACCUCAGCAAGCGGCCGCCCAAAAACAUCAUGAUGGCUAACUACUACGAGAAGCUGACCCGCAUCUUCCUGGUUGGAGAAAACUACCUCUUCCAUGCUGCGGCCUGGUCGCGGUAUUACAACUUGCUGCGGCAGUCGGCCGCACUCGUUGCCACUGGACAGGGCAAGAAAGCCGACAACCCGCCUGCCAGCGAGGCUGACCUGCAGAGGGCUGCUACCUUUGUCAUUCUCUCGGCUCUGUCAAUCCCGGUCAUCAGCACAUCGCGGUCCCGAGGCGCCAUGGUCGAUUUCGACGAGGCCCGCAAGAACAAGAAUUCGAGGCUGACACACCUGCUUGGCAUGUCGCAGGCGCCGACUCGUGCCCUUCUGUUCCGUGAUGCGCUGUCCAAGUCUCUCCUUCGCCGCGCUCGCCCGCAAAUCAGGGAUCUCUAUAACAUCCUUGAGGUUGAUUUCCAUCCGCUCUCUAUCUGUCAGAAGAUUUCGCCUAUCCUCUCUGAGAUUGGCGCCGACGAGGAGAUGCAAAAGUACAUCGUUCCGCUACAGCAGGUCAUUCUCACUCGACUUUUCCAGCAGCUUUCGCAAGUUUACGAGACCGUCGAUCUCGAGUUUGUCCAGAGCCUAGCGCAAUUCCCCGAACCGUUUGAGGUCACUCGCAGCAUGAUUGAGAAAUUCAUCAUGAACGGUAACAAGAAGGGAGAUCUCGCGAUUCGCAUGGAUCAUGCUACCGGUGUGCUGAGCUUCGACGUCGACGUCUUCUCUUCUGCCAAGGCUGUUCACGCUGGCUCAGCAGCUGGUUCGGCAGAAAGCGAGGCCGGAUCAGUCCAACGUCUCCAGAGCACCCCCUCCCAGAUCGUUCGCUCUCAGCUCACUCGGUUGGCCGAGGUCUUGUACACAACUUGCCGCUAUAUUGACCCAUCGUUCAACGAGGCUCGCAUCAAAGCUCGCGAUGCCGCUCUCGCUCGUGCCAAGGCUGGCGCCGAGCAAGAACAUCUUGAGAUUCUCGCCAGGAAGGACAUCAUUCAGAAGCGCAAGGACAAAGCUUCUGAGGCCCAGGCUCUGCGGGAGAAGGAGAAUGCUCGGAAGAAGAUGCUGCAGGAGCAGGCGUUGCAGCAAGCCGAGGCUCAACGAUUGGCCGAGGAGCAAAAGAUCCGGGAGCAGAAACGGCUAGCCAACGAGCGGGAGCAGAUCAAGAGGAAAGAGGUCGAGAACAUGCUCAAGGAUAUGAAGCUUGAUGAUAUUGAAGUCGAAGACCUCGACACAUUGGACACCAACAAGAUCCGCAUGAUCAAGCUUCAGCAGCUGGAGCGGGAGAAAAAUACCAUAGCUGAAAAGCUCCGCAUUACGGGCAAACGCCUCGAUCAUUUGGAGCGCGCCUUCAGGAAGGAGGAAGUCAAGAAGCUUCCAGAGGAUUAUGCUAAGCAGCGGGAGCGUGACUUGGCUGCUUACGAACUGAUGAAAGCCCAGACCCUCAAGGAGGCUGAGCUGAAGCACAAGGCAGACGUCGAGUUGAAGCAUCGCUUGAGCCGUCUCAUGCCCUUCUACGAAUCCUUCAGGGCCGAGCUUCACGAGCGCCGACGUGAUCAGUUUGAGAAGCGCCGGCGCGAUGCCGAGCGUGAGCUUGAGAAGCAAGUCAACCUUCGCAGGAAGGAGUACCGUGAGAAGAAGCUCCGCGAAAAGCGGGAGCGCGAAGAGAAAGAGCGUGCUCUCCGCGAAGCCGAAGAGCGCGCGGCUCGAGAGAAGGAGGAGGAGAGGAAGAGACUAGAAGCCCGCAGGGAGGAGCUGGCCAGGCUCAAGGAGGAGAGGGAAAAGGAGCGCGAGAAGGCCAGGGAGGCACAGGCUCGGCAGCAACAGCGCGAAGAGGAGGCCAUGGCACGGCGCAGGGCCGAGAGGGCUGCAGCGGCCGCGGCUCCAGUUCCGGUGAGGGCUGCCGCUCCCACUCCCGCUGCCGCGGCUCCAAUCCCAGUGAGGGAACGCGCCGACGUUCCUCCUGUCGGCGGACCUCCUCGCCUUCAGCUCGCCGGGAACAAGCCCAGCUGGAGAGAACGCGAGGCAGCAAAGGCUGCGGCAGGACAGGGCGCCUCGGACACGGCCCCGGCCCCGGCCCCGCCUCCGGCGCGGGUUGCUCCUCCUUUAAUGGAGCGCACCGAAUCCAACGACAGACCAGCUGGCCCUCCUCGCCUCAACCUUGCCGGGAACAAACCCAGCUGGAGAGAGCGCGAGGCAGCAAAGGCAGCCGCUGGCGGCAGUGCUCCGCCUCCUGAGCGCGCCGGUCCGCCGCCUAGAGUCGCGUCCGGCCGGGGAGUGCCGAUGGAUCGGGUGGGAUCUGGCCGGGGCGACAACGGCAGAGACGGAAGCGGAAGCCCGGCCCCGGAGCCUCUCAAGCCUAGCGGCGCGCCUGGCAAAUACGUGCCCAAGUUCCGGCGGGGCGAGAAUGCCGGCAACUAAGGUGGCUGGCUGGCUGGCUGGCUCGAAACGAAAUUCAUCGCUCGUUGAUGGGGGUUGGCUUUGCCUGGAGUUUCUUCUAUUUUGAGGUCUCAAUCCCUCGCUCGUCAUAUGGGGGUAUGGGGAGAUGGGAGGGGCAAGCAUGUAGAGUAAGCAUCACGUCUGUCACGUCUUUCUCAGGUAAUAGGGAGACUCAUGAUGCAGUUGAGAAUGGAAAAGAGUGCUUUUGUUGCCCU